AUGGAUUCACCACCCAAGAGAAUGACACGGGCCAGAGCCGCCGCUAAGGCCGGCGACUCCUCCGUGAAAACCACCAAAAUUGUCACAGCUGCGGCACGGGCAAGGAGCACUGCGACUGCUGGCACAAAAAGCACAGCUGCUAAGAGAAAGACAAGAGCUGAUGAGAAUGAUGAAGAGGAGGAGCAACGCGAAGUUGCUGUCAGAAGAACGCGCGGUCGACCACGAAAAGUUGAGGAACAAGAAGCUGAAGUUGAAGCACCUGCGAAGCCUACACGGGGUCGUAUAGUGAAGAAGACAGCUACUGAAGCUCCCAAAACAACAACAACAACUGCUGCUGCCGCCGCCAAACCUACACGAGGAAGGCCCAGGAAGGUAGUGGCUGCGGCUCCUGCCGAGGAGACUGCGCCAGCCCCUGUUAAGAAGACUACUGCAACAACACGCACCCGUACCAUAGCAUCAACGACCACGACAAAACCCACAACAGCGGCCAAGGUUGCCCCCAAGAAGUCCGUCAAGUUUCAAGAGCCCGACAAGGAGAACAUUGAGCCUGCGGUUGAGGCGAAGGAACCUGCGCGGCCAGGAAUCAGAGGCCGACCAGCCAAGCGUGGAGGAGCAGCUGGAAGUCGAACAACCAGAGCGGCGGUAAGAUCCGCUGAGCCGACAGACAAUAAACCAUUAAGUCCUAAGAAGAUUACCCAGAUACCUGUCUCGAAGGACGACGAAUCCGAGGAUGAACUUGCCGGUGACAACCCACCUGUUAAACCCAUGAUGAAGAGCCCGAUCAAGCCCCCUUCCAACACUAUCAAGCCCCAGCCAGAGCAUAUCGAAGAACCUGCCGAGUCAACAGAUGGUGCUGAGAGUAUCAUCAACCCUCCAAGCCUUGGUGCACCCGUGUUGAGGUCCCCCGCCAAGAGACAACCUGCUUCGCCGAACAAGGACAGCCUGAGAUCACCAGCUCGUCGUAUUGGUGCUGUCCCUCUGCCUGGAUCGACUAUGAAGAACUCUCAGGAAAGCGAUGCUCAGACCGGAGACGGACAUUCUUUCAAGAACUCCCUACUUUUGUCUGCAGCUAAGCGACCACAGUCACCCAUCAAGGGCUUAAACUUCGCGGCACCUCUGCAGCCACAACAAUCACAAUCGGCGAUGAAGGCUUCUUUGCUCCUUUCACCGCCCAAGCGAGCUAUGCCUGCGCUGAAGCCCGUCACAGAGCCUCGAACCAGAGAUGCCGCUGCCCUCGGUGAGCCACCGAUCAUGAAGCCUCUGGUUCUGGGUACCCGUUCUCGUGCUGCUUCCACACGACCUUCUGAUAAGCUCAUGUCGGAGGAACAAGCCGAGCUGGAUCUUGACGGUGUUGAGGAGGACGUAUUCAACGAGCCUAUCGAGAAUCUGGAGUUCCCCGGUCGCCUAUCUGCCGUCCUUCCUCGUCACGCCGAUCCUGCCUGGAAGAAGGACAUGGGCAUCGUUGACGAGGCUGGUGAGGAGGUUGCUACAUUAGAUGAGCCCCAAGCGGAGGAGGAGAAUGUCCAAGAUGUCCAGGAGGCUGAAGAAGAAGCUGCUGUUGUCGAACCGGAGCCAAUUACAGAAGCGGCCGAUCUUACCGAGGAGGAGGAGGAUAGUAUGGUUGUCGACGAGGAGGACGCUGAUGAAGAAAUCGCUGAGGAGAAGGCUGUCGAGGCGGAUGUUGCUCCCCAAGAGACCGAACCUGAAAGCUCGACCUCGACUCAGUCUCCCGUACAGGAACAGAACCCUAUGUUUCAGCUAAGAGAGAGGGACUUGGAACCUCAGGACAUGGACUCGGAAUCAGAUGAUGAGAGCGAUGCUCCCGCCAAAGCAGCACCCGUGACCCCAACCCCAUUUGUUCGCAAGACACCCAAGACCUCUCGAGCCUCUAUGGGUGGCUUUAGUGCUCUUGCUGAUCGCCUGGGUUCUUGGAAGGCCAGCACCCCCAUCAAAAUGGCCCCUCUUAAUUCUGGGAAGAACAAAACCAGUGCACUCCCCGAGCGUGUUGUUACACCUCAAUCCGAGUCCUCGCCAGUUUCAACGCACUUCUUUGACGACGAGAUGACCGUGCGAGCAGGCAUGGGAGAUUUGCAAGCGGACAAGACUGCAGAGAUCGUGGAGCCCGACUUCGACGACAUGGAUGUGACGGAGGAGGAUGUUGAGCUGGCGCAGGAGGCCAAUGAGAUGUCCCUGAUGGAGCCUGAUGUCCUUGAGGAGGUUGUCAACACCGAGGCUUUCGAUGAUACCCUCUCCGAAGCUAGCCAAGAGUAUGGUGAUGAGAAUGAGGCACCCGUUACCCCUGUUCGACCCGUCAUGAAGACUUUUAACACCACCACCAAGGUACCUCUGAAGCCGGCCGACGAUUCCUCCCCGACCCCUCUUAAGAAGCGUAGCUUCAGUGCCUCGCGAGUGGCGCCUAAGAGGCCCUCUGGUCCAUCAAGGAGUGCUACUGUCAUCUCAUACUCUCCUCCCAAGGGAAGGAAGAGUAUGCCGGCUACCAUCCCUGAGAGUCCCUCCACCCCCUCGACUCCUGCUCCCGUCACUCCUUCAAAGUCUGACCUGUGGUCUUCGCUGGGUACGCCUGCGCGAACGCCUCGACGCGACCUGAACCCCUCAAUCCUUCGUGGUGCCGUCGUUUUUGUCGACGUUUACACUAGUGAAGGUGCUGAUGCUAGCAGUAUUUUUGUGGAACUGCUCACUCAGAUGGGCGCCAGGUGCAUGAAGUCUUGGAACUGGAACCCUAGUGCUUCUGGAAACGAAGUGACUUCUAGCAAGGUCGGAAUCACUCAUGUUGUUUUCAAGGAUGGCAGCAAGCGCACACUGGAGAAGGUCCGUGAGAGCAAUGGAAUUGUCCAGUGUGUCGGAGUCAGCUGGGUACUUGACUGUGAGCGUUUGAACGACUGGGUUGAGGAAAGCCCCUAUAAGACUGACAUCAGCAACGUCCCCCGCGGCGGAGCUCGUCGCCGCAAGAGCAUGGAGCCUAAGGCUCUGGCCAAUAUGAACGGCACUCUUGUUACCAGCCCUGUCAAGAAUAGCUCUCGCACUGCCCCUUCCACCCCCAGCAACCGCCGUCAGAGCACACAGUGGAUGUAUACCCCCUCGAAUCAAGAUGAAGACGAGGAGAUGGAGGAUCUCGAGUGGUCAGAAGCCAUCUUGACUCCUGUCCCCAAGACUCCUGCUCCUGAAGCUAUCGCUCGAUACGCCGCUGAACUUGAGCCCGAGACGCCUUCCGCUGAUGACGACGAUGAUGAUCUGGAUGAGUCCCCCACAAAGGAUGCUCUUCUUACGCGCACAUGUCCUCCCAAGAAGUCCAACAACUUCCGUGACGUGGGCUCUGGUAUCAUCAGCCAGACCAAGGAUGAUGGCGUUCUCAUGCGCCUCAUGGCUGCACGACGCAAGAGUCUGCAGUUUGCUCCCAAGAUUGGAAGCCCUCUCGCCAGGACUUGGCAGUGA